GAAAUCGACAAGAAGAUGGCCGCCAAGCGUGAGGCCAGCGUUGCCGGGCAGCUGCUCGUCGUCGCCCUCGUGGUGGUGGCGGCCCCAUCAUCCGUGCCGGUGGCCAGGGGGGAGGCGAAGGCCGCUUGCCUCAGCGAGUACUCCAAGCUCUGCGGCAAAGACGAGAAGAAGGACGUGGCGUGCGCCACCAUGGUCGACAAGGCCUGCGGCACCGAGGCCAACAGCGUGGCCUUCAUCGAGCGCUUGUUUGCCGAGCUCGCCACGGUCGGCCAAAAGAAGCGUGAAUCAAACACCCUGCCCACGUCCGGGGGGCAGGAUGCCCUGAACGGAUCCGUCGACAAGCAUGGCGGCUGCCCCGGCAACAAGACGGUCUAUGCAUUCUCCUCCCAUUGCGCCGUGGACUGCGACAUGGCAUGCAAGGAUCCUGCUUGCUCCGACCGCUGCUACAUCGACUGCCCCUACACGGCCGCGAGGUUCGGCUACAUCAUGGCCACCCCGGCCAACAAGAAAGCCAUAGGGGAAGACAUGGAUUGCUUCAAGCGUUGUGCAAAGGAAAAGGAUGCCACGAAUGACAAGUGCCUCGUUUCAUGCAAGCUCAUUUCUCCUGCCCUCGUCUCGGCCCCGCCCCAUGGCGCUUGAA